UCCUGUUUUCAAGAUUAAAAAUCAAUACAGUUGGCCUCCAAAAUUUUGUUCUUGGCUUGGUUGAUCUGCAAAGCUAGCAAAGCCGCUGCGGCCAAACCAUUUUCAUGGAUCUUCAAGCAAGUGUUGUUACCAUCGUUUCUUUCCUAAUUCUAGCGCUAUCUCAAGCUCAAAACCUGCAACCAUUCCACCGAGAAUACGGCCCUUUUAACGAAACUUACUAUGAUAUAUUCCAAGUAGAAAGACCUGCCACGAUCAGCAACGACGCCCUUCAGAUCACUCCUGAUUCUAUCAAUGUAAACUUCACUCUAGCAAACCGGUCUGGUCGUGUAUUGCUCAAUAAGUCCUUCAUCCUAUGGGAGGAUGAUGGGGCUGGCGGCGUAAGGGUGGCUUCUUUCAAUAGUUCGUUUGUAAUUAACAUCUUUCGCGUUAACAACUCCACACCUGGAGAAGGGUUAGCAUUUCUCAUAGCCCCGGACCUUGCACUCCCGGAGAACAGCGAAGGGCAGUAUCUCGGUCUGACCAACUCUACUACAGAUAGCAAUCCGGAGAAUGGCAUAGUUGCCAUUGAGCUUGAUACUGUUAAGCAGGAAUUUGAUCCUGAUGAUAACCACAUGGGCCUUAACAUCCACAGUGUCAUUUCUCUCAAGACUGUUUCCCUUGACGACUUAGGCAUCGAAAUUGCUCCUGUUGGCGGCAGGAAUCACAUGGUUUGGGUUCAUUAUGAUGGGAACAGUAAGAAAAUGGAAGUGUAUAUGGCAGAGGAAGGAAAGGCCAAGCCUGCCACGCCGGCGCUGGCAGCAGAACUCAACCUAAAAGACCUUGUCCGAGAGAAGUCUUACUUUGGUUUUGCUGCAUCCACGGGAAGAAAUUUUCAGCUCAACUGUGUCCUCAGUUGGAACCUGACAGUAGAGAUGCUGUCUGAUGACUCGGUUGAGAAUGGUGGCUUUGAUAAUAAGAAGCUGAUAAAGAUCAGUGUAGGAAUUGGGGUUGCUCUAUUUUCGUUGCUGCUGAUUGGGGUAGGGACUUGGCUCUACUAUCUUCACAAGAAGAAGGCAGCAUCGGACCCUAAUCUGUUAGGUGCCCUUAAGAGUUUGCCUGGAACGCCGAGGGAGUUCCCUUUCAAUGAUCUGAAGAAGGCCACCAAUAAUUUCGACGAGAGGCAUAAGCUUGGUCAAGGUGGUUUUGGUGUGGUCUACAAAGGUCUGCUGACCAAAGAGAACAUUCAAAUUGCAGUAAAGAAAUUCUCCAGAGACAACAUCAAGGGUCAGGAUGAUUUCCUGUCUGAACUUACCAUCAUUAACCGUCUCCGCCAUAAACAUCUUGUCCGAUUACUUGGCUGGUGCCACAAGAGUGGAAUGUUGCUUCUAGUAUAUGACUACAUGCCAAAUGGGAGUUUGGACAAUCACCUAUUCCAUGAACUUGAGGGUAAUGUCAUCCUAGAGUGGAACUUGAGGUACAAGAUCAUAUCAGGUGUAGCAUCAGCUCUGCACUACCUCCACAAUGAAUAUGAUCAGACAGUGGUGCAUCGUGACCUCAAGGCCAGUAACAUCAUGCUGGAUUCUGAGUUCAAUGCUCGGUUAGGUGAUUUUGGUCUGGCACGCGCUUUGGAGAAUGAGAAAACGUCCUAUGCUGAGCUAGAAGGAGUGCCUGGAACCAUGGGCUACAUUGCACCAGAAUGCUUUCACACUGGCAAGGCCACCCGCGAGUCUGAUGUCUAUGGUUUCGGUGCUGUAGUUCUAGAGGUAGUGUGCGGUCAGCGUCCAUGGACCAAGAUUGGAGGGUUCCAAUUCUUGGUGGACUGGGUUUGGAGUCUACAUCGUGAAGAGCGUAUACUAGAGGCUGUGGAUGAAAGGCUGAACAGUGACUAUGUUGACGAGGAAGCAAAGAGGCUGCUGCUGCUUGGACUAGCAUGCUCCCAUCCUAUUGCCAGCGAAAGGCCUAAAACGCUGGCCAUCUUUCAGAUAAUAUCAGGAUUAGUGCCGCCGCCGCACGUACCCCCUUUUAAACCAGCGUUCGUGUGGCCUGCUGCCGUUGGCAACAUCGACGUUGAUGCUAGUUCGGCCGAUACUAUUCCCAUUACAUCUGGUUGGACUCCUCAGUACAUGAGCAGGGAAAGUUUUGGUACAGGAGAAAACACCGGCUCGACUGUCAGUCCUGUCUAACAGCAGCAAAGUUGUUUCUCAAAUCAUCAUUGCCUUUUCCUCCCACAUUUCUGGGCAGCAAAAGGGAAGCAUCUGAUAUUUCUUUUCAAGGUCAUUGUUGGAGAGGGGGGAGAGUAUUCUUCCUGUGUUUUACUU